AUGUCUGCUCGUCUUCUAAUCGAAGGCAAAGCUGAAGCUCCUCUCUUGCUAUCAGCUUUACACCUUUUGGUAGGUCUAUUUGGAAAGACAGAUUUCAAAGGAGGACUUCAAAACUUGGAGCAUUUGCGAACCUUUCUCAAGGAUAAUGGUACACUGUUGGAGGAAGAUUGUAAGUGUGUCGACCCAUUUUCUGAAGAUAAGAAGAAAAGUAAAGUUAAACCGAAGAAGCCAACACCAAUUCUCUGUACUCACAAAUGUCAGUCUAAGCAAAGUUUUAAAGUUCAAGAUUUAAUCAUCUUAAGCAAAGUGGAUGAAAAGGAGCUUAUCCUUUUGGUCAAUGAAGGUCCAGUUGCUGUCGUGAUAGACUUCUACAAAGAGUUCGAAAAUUUUGAAGGGGAUGGAUUUUACGAUGGCCCUCCGAAAGGUAGUAAAAGAAUUGACAAGCAUAUGCUACUAAUAACUGGUUAUGCAACCUAUAAGAAACAACAUUACUGGAAGUGCCAAAAUUCAGCUGGGCGUCAAUGGGGCGAUAAUGGGAAUAUUAAGAUACUCCGACAGCUUCUUAAUCGUGAAGCUUAUAACCCAUGA